AUGGAGGAUUUGAGACUACUUAUAGAUGAUAGUAUCAGUGAAGAAGAUAGGCCCAAUGAAUGUAAUGAGCAAGCCAAUCCAAACCAAGCGUACCAGCUUCUUAGAAACAUAGCUCAAGUCUUUCAGGAUAUAGCAAU